AUGACAACGGCGUCUAUUGACCAAUUCACAAUUGGUAAAUUCCUGCUGUUGCUGCCGCUGCUGCUGCUGCUGCUGCGGCUGCUGUCGUCGCUAUUGUUUGGCAAUUCACAUAAAGGGAAUCGAGUGCACUGCCUAACCGUAUUUGCCAUCGCUUUGAGUUCUCUGGUCCUUUGUGGAGCUGAUGUCUCACAUUUAUCGAACAGUUACUUGCCACCUGUGCUUGGUGGAUUUGGUAAUGGCUAUUCCGGUGGCUACUCUUCAUAUCCAUCGUACUCGUCUGGCGGUGGUUAUUAUUCAGGAUCUAGCUAUGCCUCGCCCCUGAUUUCGUCCAGUUAUAAGAACUAUGCGGUGCCUCAGUAUAGUACAUAUACGAGUCCUUCGAGAACCUAUUUGCCAGCCAACACUGGCUAUGCUGGCUAUAAUGGUUACUCUGGUCUGGAUACCAAAUAUGCCAGCAAUGGUGGUUAUAUCUACUAAUAACGAGAUGUCAAACAAU